AUGAUAGAGGAAUUUGGUCCUCAGCCACCACAUAAAUGGUUAACUCUACCAGAUAUGGGUUACGUGAUAGCGAAUCAUUAUAAUGUUGUACUUGUCUGUUUAAGAAUUGAAUGCUGGACUUUCUUCCCUAUGACAUCUUAUUUUUCACCGAAUGUAGCAAUUUACUGCAUUGGUUUUGUAAACAGAAAUCAUUGGGUUCAGGUAAACAUGAAAGAAGGAUUUCCAUUGCCACCAGUGACAGUAGAUUGA